UAAUUAUAAAAAAAUAAAAAACAAGUUUAAUUAGUGAGUGAAAAGUUGGUAGCACUGCGUGUGUUGCGAAUGACUGUCAAAAUCCACUUUCCAUACUAUGUACACUUGUCGAGUGAGCUAGAGUUUCGUCGAACAAAUCUAAAUAAAUAUUAUUAUGUCCGACGGUAAUUGUGAGAAGACUGGUAGUUCUCGGAUUGAUAAGAGUUAACAGAGUUGUAACAUAAACAAAACUAUCCGUACAUAUAUAUGUUUUUGUUAUUCGGAUUCAAGUUUAAGGAGCUGAGUUUUAUAUUUAAUAAAUCUCAUUAAUUUUAACAUCGCUCCUCGUAUUUGUCAUUUAAAAACGUACAAUGCAGUACCACAGAACUAGAUAGUGAAAUACAAACAACUAAUUAUUAUUAUUAUUAUUAUUAUUAUUAUUAUUAUUAUUAUUAUUAUUGUUGUUGUUGUAUACUACCAGCUCACUGAUAUAUCUGUGUAAUUAUUUAAAAAUUAAUAUUAAUAAUAAUUAUUGAUUUUUAGUUGUCUAAUGCAGGUGCUUUUUAUUAGUACUGACACUGAUGCGUUGUAAAACUCAUUAGUAAUUAUUAUUAUCUUCCAUAUUAUUACUAAUUAGGCUUGUUUUUAAUUACAAGCUUGUACUUGACAAUACCAUCGUGGAAUUAUUGGUAAUUUUUAUCAACUCUAACCUAUCACCUCUAAUGUUAUACGUGAUAAAAAUAAAUAUUUGGCUCACCGUUUGCGCUCUAAGUUAAUUCACCAGCUUCUAGGUUUCAGAUAAAUUUACAUUUAUUAUAUUCGGUAGUAUUGUUGUUAAUAAUUAUUGAAAUGUUUAUAAUACGACCAGAUACUAGUUAAUAAAAUUCAAAAAAUAACAUUAUAUUUUAACUAGGUUAUCACAGAGAUAAUAUUAUUAUUCGAAGACUGUUUUUGAUCAAUAAUGAGUACUCAGCCAAAAGAGUCGCAUUCAAAGUGGAUAUGCGAGUACUGUACUUAUGAAAACUGGCCGUCAUCGCUAAAAUGUACGAUGUGCAGAGGCUCAAAGCCUUUGUUGGGCGAAGACAUCUACAGGCUUCGAGAUCCAAAUCCCCAACGAGCAGGAUCAAACGACGCAUCCGGUCCAGUACCUUUAAGUUCCUCGACAGACUCAUAUAAUUUUAGCCUACAAAAUCAUAGUCAAAACGUACCUUCCGGUGGUAAAUGGUCCUGUGAAUUAUGCACUUAUUUCAAUUAUAACAACGCAACCCGUUGUAUGCAGUGUAACAGUAAAAAACCGGUUAAUAUUAACCAGCAAGUAUAUGCAGCUUCUAAUUUGCACGAACAUUUAGCACCGCUGAGACUAAGCGACCCGCCAGCCCACCAGCUGCCUGCGCCAAACUCCGGCCAGAAUUUAUCUGUUAACACAAAUACUGCUACUGAUAAAUGGUCCUGUCUUGUUUGUACUUACGAAAAUUGGCCCAAGGCCGUUAAAUGUAUUAUGUGUGGUUACCUGAAAGAGCGUGAUAAAAAAGAUAAGUCUAGUUCUAACUCCUGUCUUAUUCUACCGAGCCCCGAGAAAGAUCACAAUCAAAGAGGCUUGCCUUCGCCUCCUCAGCCGUUCAUCCAUCAAGCUCAACGUGAUGAGAAUUCAGCCAUUGCCAGACGAAGUUCACACCGAUUCGAUCCUAGAAAUGAUUCUUUGCCAAUAAACCAGAGUUCCAACGAUUGUGAUUAUGAAAGCAGACUUAGGCGUCAUACUGAUUGGUGCUGGUUGAACGCCUGUCUUGGAAUCGUCGAAGGCGACAAUCCACCAGUAGAAGCGUAUUUAGCGAGUGGUGGCAACCCAACACGUCAAUUGACCCCUUCCGAAGUUAAAUUACUCAACAGAAAUAGUGCCUUUGAUGUUGGACACACUCUUGUUCAUUUGGCCAUAAGAUUUCAACGUGAAGAUAUUCUAGCGACACUUUUAUCACAAAUAGAAGGCUCUGGGUCAGGAAUAAAAAGAGUUCCGAGUUAUGUAGCUCCAGAUUUGGCUACUCAGAUACGUAGGCAUGUUGCUAACAGCAUCCGUUCACGCAAAGGAUCAUUUUCUUGUUAUUUUGUCACAGAUAUGGCAACAUUUGCGUUACCUGCAGAGGUGGAAGAUCUUCCAAGUUCUGUCCAAGAACAAAUGCUAGAAGAGUUAUUAGACCGAGAAGCUCAGCAACAAUUAGAAGGGAGUGAUGGAGAGCCGCCGGCGCUUAAUUGGUCAUUAGAAAUAACAGAGCGAUUAGGCAGUCGUUUACACGCCUUAUGGAAUCGUUCUGCCGGCGACUGCUUGUUAGACUCGGUAAUGCAAGCUACUUGGGGAGUUUUUGAUCGUGACAAUACCCUUAGACGAGCGCUUGCCGAUUCUUUGCAACAAGCUGGUCAAUAUUUUUAUCUACGGUGGCGACAAUAUGAAGCAUCCCAAGCAUCAAGAAUGAUAGAUUUUACUCUAGAAGAAGCUCAAUGGCAGGAUGAUUGGGAAAAUUUACUAGCUACAGCAGCACAGCCAGGCAGUGCAUUGGAACAAUUGCACGUUUUUACUCUUGCCCAUAUUUUAAGAAGGCCUAUUAUUGUUUACGGAGUUAAAUAUGUUAAAAGUUUCCGUGGAGAAGAUAUAGGAUACGCAAGAUUUGAAGGAGUAUAUCUCCCUUUGUUGUGGGAGCCUUCUUUUUGCAUUCGCUCGCCAAUCGCACUAGGUUACACACGUGGCCACUUUACAGCUCUCGUCUCGAUAGAACCAUACGCAUCUUCAAGAUUGUCAACGUUACCUUCUCACGGAAGCGUGGGAGUCGGUGGAGGAAACAGUCCUAUGCAGCAGUUGCAGAUUCAAAUGCAAACGACUUUCAUGCCUUUGAUGGACAGGGAAAGAAAAUUAUUGCCGAUUCAUUUUUUAACUCCCGAAGAAAUUGGCAGGGAAGAAACGAUACUGAAGCAGUGGUUGGAUGUCUGCACCACUGAGGGUGGAAUUCUUGUUGCCCAACAAAAAUUACACAAAAGGCCACUUCUUGUUGCCCAAAUGUUGGAGGAGUGGCUUAAUCACUAUCGUCGAUUAGUUCAAAUGAAUAAUGCACCAUUCGUGAGACCCGUAGUCCAGCAAGAAUACAGCAGCGACGGCGACACAGAAGACGAAUAAUAUUUCGGUGAAAUUACAAAUUUGUUGAGGUUUCCCAACUGGGGAAAUAAUUCUACGGACUUUUCAUCACCUUGUUACAUCAAUUAUCCACACUCAAUACGUAAUUAAUUAUUUAGUUUUUUUUUUUAUAUUAAAAUUCUUAAAAUUUAAUCUUCAGCCAAAAAUUAGUCAAUUAAAGUCAUAAAAUCGGCGCACUUGCUUAGUUACCUUGAAAUAAAUAUUUAAAAUUUUAUUCAAACUUCUAAAUGACAAUUAUUAUUAUUAUAAAAAUUAUUUUUCAAGGUGGUGAAAAGCGAAAAUUGUUACAAAUCAUAGCAACUGUAAAAUU